GGAGGAGGCUUUGGCAUCAAAGUACAAGGAUGACCCCUCACCCAUCACACAUUUUGUCAUUUGAGACAAAAUAAACCACUCCCUCUCACCCCUAUCACCAAGCUCGACCAAGACCUCAAGAAAAGAAGAGGAAAAGCUCUCAAAACCACCUCCAUUGUUGCAGCACGAGCUCAAGAGAAAUUGGUCCAAGGAAGGAGGUUUGAGAAGGAAAAAGUUAGGAAAAGUGUGAAUAAUUAAGGAACUUGUGAAAGGUAUUUCAAGUGAUUUCACAAAGUUGGAAAAGUCGCCGGAGUUGUCGCCGGAGUUGACCAAAAGUCACCGGAGUUUCACCGGAGUUCAACCAAGAAGGGUAGAACUUCUUAACGCUAGUUCAAGGUUGAAGCUAGGGCUUGCUACCUGCACCUUUCUACGGGUGACAUCAAUCAAGGAAGACGUGAAAUGGAGGGCAGGCGAAUGCGGACCAGGAACAAUCCGAGGGGGCAGGCGCCGGUAACAUCCCAAAGGGGAAGUCGGGCUGCAUCUCGGGGUUCAAGAGGAGGCCGUGGAGGCCGUGGAAGCCGUGGAGGUCAUCAAGCUCAAACUGUGAGUGAUGGCCAUGUAAGCUCGGUGUAUGAAACCAACACCGAGGAUUAUGACUCUACGUAUGUUCCUGAGACAGAGCAUGAGGAGACCCCAUAUGAUGGGGGUGACACAUACACCGAUGAGGACAAUGAUGAAAGUGAUGCCCGCUUCGCCCAAAUGGGUGAAUUACUUGAGUGGUAUCAAAAGGAGAAACUGAGGAGAGACCUUAGGCGCCAAGCGAGGCGUGGCUCUCGUGGUGGUUCGGGUCAAGGGAGCCGGGGAGCUUCCGUGGCCACCCCAGCGGCAUCACAAGGUGGGCGUGAAGGAGGUUUUGUUGUGAGAAUCUCCAAGUACCUCAAGGAGGCUAGGGCCUUGGGGUGUAGGUCCUUUGACGGCACCGGUGACAUUACCGUUGCCGCCGAUUGGAUUAAGAAGGUGAAGGAUGCGUCAAGAGACAUGCAAAUCACACCGGACGUGAAGUUGACUGUCGCUUCACGGCUACUUGAAGGGAUAGCCUCUACGUGGUGGGAGAGCGUGGAAGGGAAGUACCAUGGGGAAAUAACAUGGGCGGACUUUGAGCUAGAGUUCUAUGCUCAAUACUACUCCGAGUACGAGGUGAAUGUGAAACGGAGAGAGUACACUAACCUCAAACAGAAAGAUGGCGGCACGGUUAAGCAG